AGAGAGAAAGAGCAGUGCACGACCAACGAUAAGCAACAAGAACAGAAGCGAUUGAGUGUGUCCAUCCCAACAAGAACGCAUUGGCUAACCGCAUAAACCAAAAUGAAUGCCGAUAGAAUGCUGUUGGUGGAAGAUUUACCGAGCGUCUUCAAAGAUCUAUCGCCAAUCCCACAAAACGAUGGACCAGAUCGCGUUUGUGUCAUUCAAUAUCCUUCGGCGUUCGCCCUGUCGUACAACUAUAUGCGUGCCGUCUGGGAAGCAAAGGAGUUCAGCGGUGCGUGUGCUGAGCAUAGUUGACUGCUUAUGUCAUGUUGGGUUUCCUUGUGCUGCUGAUACGUAUCUCUAAUGCAAUGCCAUGUGGCCAAAAGUCGAGCUAUCGAUCUGUUGGCCCGUCUCCGUUCUGCUUUAGUCUCGAAAAGAAAAAACUAACACGUUAAUGCUAAUUUCGUUCGAAUUCGAUUUUUCACCACUGAUUUAGAACGGGCCCUGAAGUUGUCGGCAACGUGCCUGAAACUGAACCCAGCAAACUACACCGUUUGGAAUUUUCGUCGGAGGUGCCUUUCGUCCCUAGGACUGUCCUCGGAUAGAGAAACGAUUCGAAAGGACUUGGAACUGACCGCUUCGCUGGGUGGAGAAAACCCAAAGAAUUAUCAGGUGUGUAAUUUUUGUUUGUGGCGUUCCAUGCCGCCGCCAUGUCGCGUUCUAUUCGACAGUGUGGUUAUUUCUAGUCGCGAGGCACGAAACCCUUUGUUAUCUGAAGUUGCAUACUUUCUGCACUUGCCAAAUCGUUCAACCCAUACUAUUGCGUCUCACGCAAAAACCAAUUAUCCAUGUGUGCGUUUACAACAGAUUUGGUAUCACCGACGGGCUCUAUUGGAAACCUACGGCGCCCGCGACUUCAUGGAGGAGGAAUUGGCAUACAUCGAAGAAGUACUAGGAAUUGAUUCGAAGAAUUACCAUGCCUGGUCUUAUCGGCAAUGGAUUCUAAUGACGGUAGACGAUGAUUCUAUAUGGGAAAAGGAAAUGGGAUUCGGUAGGUAAAAGUAGCCAAAUUUGCAUUGUACUCCAAUGAUGUGUCACUCACUUUUCGAUCGUGGCACCGAUGAAUUAUUCGUUCCUACAUUCUUUUUCUCUCUGUGUGUGGUAUGCAUGUUGUCACACAGUUUCUAGAUUGAUCCAAGAAGAUGUCCGAAACAACUCGGCCUGGAACCAACGGUGGCUGGUAAGCCAUCGGGGGAAACGCGGAAAUCACCCGCUGUCUCUCGAUGUGGCCCGUCGCGAAGCUGACUUUGCCAUUGAGAAGGGAGCUCGGUUGGAUCCCUACAACGAAAGUCCAUGGAGGUAUCUCGUCGGGAUAUUACGGGAACAACACCAGCGACAACAAAAAGACAACAUCGGCAGCACGGACGAUUUCACAAGAAACGUCAUUGCAGAAUACGAAGCCAAGGCCAGCGGGUUGCGGACAGUGUUGGAAGAAGCACAACGCAACCCCGAUACAUGCGUGAACAUGACCAGCGCGAGGAUCGAUCUGCUCGAAAUGGUCGGAACAAAGGAAUCGCUGGAAGUCGCAACGCAGCUUGCGACGAGCCUGGCCACCGAGCACGAUCCCUUUCGAAAGAAAUACUGGUGGCUAGUGGUGAAGCGCCUACAGAAUCAGGCGAAAUCCACUUCCGGCAGUUAGCUAGUCACUGGCAUCGUUCUGUUGAUAAUCAUUAAGGCAAGAUGCACAAUUUUUUAUACCUUUCACUUUGAAAGCAUUCUCAGUUGGAAAAAUGAAACCACCCAGUCCGUGAUCAAGCUUGGACAUCGCUUCUUCCAAUUGGUCAUUAUCUAAAGUAGAUGACGAAAAUCCACGAAGCAAGAACUAGGGUUGAACCAGAAAAAAGCAAGGAAUGCUGCAUCGGCAAAUCCUACUGAUCGAUCAUAAAAGAAACUGACAUGAUGAUGAUGAACGGCAAGGCUAGUUUGCAAGGGAGUAAAUCUAUGAAUGGCGUUUCAAGCUAGAGUAUAGAUUUGUGACAGGGAUUUCGAUGACCAUAGGAAAGGAUUAUUCCAUGAAUGGGGAUGAUGAUUGUUUCCUUCMCGGUGCUGGUCUGGCGGAGAAAACUCGGGAGUUUUUUUCGAGAAAGGUGGACACUCAUACAAUUGCUAUUGGAGCCAAAGUAGAGGAAGACUUUGAACAACUUUUAAAAGUCUAGCUGUCUUUCGACACAUACUUUUGAUACUUUAAUAAUGAUAUGGUUAGUGCACUCUAUGAUUGUCAAUCUAUAACUAUUUUACAAACGCCAGCUCUGGUCCUCGUUUUAUGUUUUCUCCUUUGAUGAUAGGAAGGUUUUAUGAUGGUAGGACGCGUCGGUACAAUCGUCUCGGUCCCGGGACUUUCGAUGUUCUUGGUUUUAUGAACAGUACGCGACGCAAAAGUCCUCCCUCCCCGUCGAAAUGGCCCUCUGGAGCGGCUUCUGGCUCCACCGCUCGGAGAGUAGUGCGACGUGUUCGUCGUUGCCGGUGCACCUCACGUGAUAGGCUUCUAGUACGUUUCGAACAAAUUUCUUGUUGUAUUUUUGCCGUGCCGGAACGAAGACCUCCAUUCCCCUGGUCGAGUCCUCCUCUUCCCCAUCCGUCACAAUGUUCUCAUUCCCAUAAUAAGCAGCGACGGUUGUGGCUGCAGUAGCAACGCAUCCCACAUCAGCAACGCAAGCACCAUGGCCUUCACUUCUUUCUUUGCUUUCUCUGUCGUGCGUCUUGCGAUUGUUGUUCCUUUUGGAGGUGCUGGAAUAUCGGUUUCGGAAUAAAUUCCUUGCACUUUCUUUGAACCAUGCCAUCUCGAAGGCAUCGUACCACAGAGUUUCUUUUUCUUCGUCGGUGAAUUCCGACAGUGGUUCGAUAUAGACGAUCGAAGUUCGGGGAUCGAAGGAUACCCUGUCACACCUCUGACGUUUGCUGGACACGGACAUCUCAGUUUCUG